GAUAUCCCCAUCGAUGUUGAGACGGUGACGCCCACGCCUGUGCCCCUCUACGACAACCAGAAGGCGCGCAGCGUGAUGAACGAAUGUGAGCGCCACGUGAUGUUCGCUCGCACGGAUGCUGACGCCCCUCCGCCGCCGGACGACUGGGAGGAACAUGUCAACAGGACAGGGUGGACAAUGGCCCAGAACAAGCUAUUUAAUAAGAUACACAAAGCGCUGCAGUCUGACAGGCUGGCUCGCUUGGCUAACGAAGGGGCUUGCAAUGAGCCAGUCCUGAGGAGGAUAGCAGUGGACAAAUGCGCCCGGAGGGUCCGCCAAGCUCUGGCUAGUGUGAACUGGGACACCAAACUGAUCCAGUGGCUUCACACAACGUUGGUGGAAACCCUCAGUUUGCCAGUGCUGGCUGCUUACUUGGACGCUCUGCAAACGCUUAAAGGAAAGAUCCCCACCCUGAUCGACAGGAUGCUGCUCUCCUCUACCGCGAAGACGGGGGCGGCGGGUGCUGAGGCUCUGUCUCUGCUGCUGAAGAGACCUUGGGACCCAGCAGUGGGUGUCUUGUCACAUAAUAAACCAAGCAAAUUGCCCGGUUCCCCCCUCAUCCUGAUCGCUUCCUCUGGACCCUCCAACUCCAUGUUCCCCACUUCUCGACGGCACCGAUUCUGGCAGUCACAACUUUCCUGCUUGGGAAAGGUGAUUCCCAUCGCCACCCACCUAAAAGGGGGAGUGUUGCAGUGUCUCGAACACAUGAUUGGGGCGGUGAGGGGAAAAGUAGCGGAGAUUCACAACCACUUCUCUCACAAGCCGAUCAUCCUGAUUGGGUGGAACACGGGUGCCUUGGUGGCCUGUCAUGUUUCAGUGAUGGAGUAUGUCACUGCAGUUGUGUGCCUUGGAUUCCCGCUUCUCACCGUUGAUGGCCCCAGAGGGGACGUUGACGACCCUCUCCUGGAGAUGAAGACACCUGUCCUCUUUGUGAUCGGUCAGAAUUCCCUGCAGUGCAACAUUGAAGCGAUGGAAGAUUUCCGGGAGAAAAUACGAGCCGAUAACAGCAUGGUGGUGGUGGGAGGAGCAGAUGAUAAUCUCAGGAUAAGCAAAGCCAAAAAGAAGUCAGAAGGCCUGACCCAGAGUAUGGUGGACAGGUGCAUCCAGGAUGAAAUAGCUGACUUCUUGACUGGAGUCCUCACCCGUGCAGAGAGCCACUCUGGCUCUGAUCCCCGUGACCUGGACGCCGAGAAGAAGAAGAAACCACGCGACUCGACCAGGAGAGAUCUGUCAUUUGACUUGCCAGAAAGAACCAGCAGACCUGCCUCACCGGCAGCCAAAGUGCCCGCUUCACCUUCGGGCUCAGAGGACUUAUCCAGUGUCUCCAGCAGCCCCACUUCGAGCCCCAAGACUAAAAUGGCUGCUGUGUCCUCCAUCCAGAAGCCCAGCCAGAUCGGUGCCACGCAGCUGCUGAAGAGGCAGGUGCAGAGGACAGACAACGUCCUGACGCACAAGCAGGCACAAGCUCAGUUCGCUGCUUUUCUGAAACAAAACAUGCUGGUGAGGAAAGCUCUUCCUCCUGGCACCUCUUCAUGUCUCUUUGUUCCAGUCUCCUCAGAGCACUCGGAAGGGGCUGAAAAAGAUGAUGUGCGUAUGCAGCUGAAGAGGCAUCUGACCCCCAGCCCGACCCAGUGCACCAAAUCCUCCAAACGAGCCAAAAUCAAGGUGACCAUUGUCUCUCAUGGAGAUGCUGCUGGCGUGGGGAACGGAGCCCCCCUCACCACCCAGGCAGAAAUUGUCGCCGGAAAGCCGGUCCCCAUGGCUGUCGGCCAGUCUGUGUCGGGCGCAAAGGAGCUGUCAGGACUGCUCGCCACCCCCAAGCUGAGUUCGGCAGCAGAAACCUCCUCCACGAGUCCCGCUCCCUCUGCCGUGAUCCCCAGCAGCACGGCGCCCAGCGCUUUCCAUGCCCUGCAGAGCCGGCUGGUGGCCAGCAGCACCCACUGCGUGCCAGCUCAGCCAACCAGUAACCUCCAAGGAGCAGCAUCUGCCAGCAGUCUGCUGCAGGGGCUGAGCUUCAGCCUGCAGGACAUCGGGACCAAGUCGUCAGCCCUUCCAGCCAGCGUGGCUGCUGCUGGGGCGCCUGUGCAGACCUCAGCUGUGAAGACGCCCGCGCCUAUCCAAAACCUGAGUGCCAUAACCACAGGCACCGGCACGAUUGUCCGCACCAUCCCAGUUGCCACCUCUUUGUCUCUGGGAGCCUCAGCGAGCGGGAAGCCCACGGCCAUUCACCAGCUGCUGACAAACGGGGGACUGGCGAAGCUGGCCAGCAGUCUCCCUGGCCUGGCUCAGAUCUCCAACCAGGCAGCAGGCUUGAAGGCCCCAACGACUAUUACUGUGACGUUGCGUGGGCAGCCCAGCCGUGUGACCACGCUUAGCCAGGCUGCAAUGGGGACUGUCCAGCCCCAGCUCGAGGAACAGCCGAUGCAGACACAGGCUCCUCAGCCUGUGCGGGGGUGGCUGGAGUUGCCUGUUCCCGCCGUCCUCCUGCCCUUCCAGCCUCCCCGAUUCCCCAUGGGACGGCAUGGGGUCGCUGGUCCCAUCCUGGUUAGCCGCUUCCUGGCGUGGAGCACGAUGCGAGGGUCCGAGCACCUCCAGCGCUGCUGGUCGGAUGGAGCUGGAGAUGCCAGAGACGAGCGAGAGCCAGGCCGCCGAGAGCAACGUGAGCUCGGCGUGGUCUGUGGCAGCUCGGCAGUGACCACCGCGAGCCCCAUGAAGACGCUUUACGUCAUGUCGGACGCCAAGCUCUCUGCACUUACUAAGUCUGUGAUGGGUGAGGCUACCUCUGGCCCCCUCAAACGGCCGGGCAUCCAACCUUCCUCCUCAUCUGCCAGCUCUCCCACCGGCGCCAUCACCUUCGCCGGUGCCCCCAGCCCUCCUGGCAGCCUGGUACACUCGAAGGUGGGACCUGUCCUGCAAACGGCUUCCAAGACCGUCAUCCUGACCUCAACGUUGGCCGCGGUGAAGGGCGAUGGACCCCUGGGACACGUGGGGGAGAAGGUCAGCCUGACCAAGAACGCUGCAGCCCUCGGCCAUGCUCUGGGGGCAGCGGAGACCCUGGGGAGGGUUCCCUCUGUGGUGGAUGACGGCAGCACCAUCAUCCAUGCCAGAGAAGCUCUGGCCAACAGACACUUGCUGCCGCAGGGGGUGCUGCCAGGAGGGGCUGGCACUACGCUCAUAACGCUGGGCAGCAGCCUGGCAAACUCCUCCAUCAUCGCCACAGCAGGGCCCACGCUCAGCCAGAAGCCGUAG